UGUAAACAUUCUUUGGGAGACUGGUAACUAAGUUACAAAAUGGCGGCUGAAUCGUCGCUGGAGCAAGAAGCGUUGAAAAGACGUGAAAAACUGAAAGCAUUGCGAGAAAAAAGUGCUUUAGCGUCGCAGGUAAUAUUAACAAAUAUAAUACAGUACUCUCUUUAAUAAUCAACUCUCCAUUUUCCCUCAUUUUUAUAUAAAUAUUAACUAUCAUGUUAUUAAACGUUGCUAAUCCUUUAAGUGGCAAUGCGCUCUGAGGCGCCUUACUUUAUUAUUUUACUCUAACGCCAGACGAUUUUACUUGUCAAGGGAAAAGUCCUGCCACUCAAUGGGUUAAAUAGUUUAUUAAUAUAGUACACUGUUGACAUAUGACAUAUUUUACUUUUAGGGGCCACGUCCAUACCAGACUGGAAAGUUUGGAAAUUGCGCGCUGGAGAUUUCGAAAAUUUAAUAGUAAAUAUAUAGAAAGCAUCAAAAUUGCGCGCCGGAGAUAUCCGCCGCGCGAUACAAACUUUCCACACUGGCGUCCAUAUUCAUGUUGCCACACAUAACGUCGAAUCGACGUUAUGGGUGGGUGGGUUUUUACGUCAACUCCUCGACGUUAUCUUGUGGCAAUUUGACUAUUUACAUCCGAACAGACCGAAGUUGAAAUAUUUAGUGUUUGCCGUGCAACUUUUGCCAGUAUUAUAUUAUUUUCAAUCAAAACAAAGGUCGAAGUAUUGAAGCGACAUUUUUUCGUGUCGAAUAUCCGUCAAUUUGUGUUCGUGAAUCGCGACAUUUUGUUCAGUAUGAAAAUAAUAAUAAAACAUGCCCUAUAGGCUAUAAAACUUUUCAUAUUUUAUAAUAAAGAUCCUACAUCCCAUAUUUUAUAAGAGGCACUUUGCCAUUUUGAUUUUGAGCUCUUUUAGCAGUCAAAAUACGACAGGCUAUUAACGAUCGACGUUAUCUGAGGUGGGUGGGUGGUUACUGGUGAUAACGUUGAUUCGACGUUAUGUGUGGCAACAUGAAUAUGGAUGUGGCCCCUUAGAGGCCCUGUUAGGGCCAGACCUGACUGGAAAGUUUGGAAAUUGCGAGCUGGAGAUUUCGAAAAUUUAAUAGCAAAUAUAUAGAAAGCAUCAAAAUUGCGUGGCCGAUAUCCCUGCCGCACGAUACAAACUUUCCACACUAGGGGCCAGACUGCAUUGUUUGCAAACGCACGCAGGAUUUUUGAAACUAUCAAUCAAAAUGCACACUUUGACACUUGCAGUUUGCUUUCAUAGUAUUUAUGUGGAAAUUUGUGCGCCAACUCGAACCGACUUGACCUCAUAGCUCAGUUGGUUAAUGGUAGAGCAUUGGACUAGUAUUCCAAAGUUCACGGGUUCGAUUCCCACUGUGGUCAGGUAAAACUUUUCAGCUUGCCUGGUGUGGAUGCACACUCAGAGUAACAUCACAAACAGAAAAGUAAAGUAUUCCCAUUACCACACUUUAUUUGAAUUUAGCUAAUCAAAAUGCACCAGAAGUAAAAAUAAUUGCAUACAUUUCCUGGGGAAAAGCCAUAUGGGAAAACUAGCAAUUUUGUUCGACCAAAGCAGUGGCAUGCUGGCCCGUGCAGGCCCAAGGCCAGAGGAGGCCCAAGGCCAGCUGGGAAUUUGGCGCCUCCUUUCUUCCUCGUAAUUUGUAUACGGGCGAGCGUCAUAGACGCGAGAUGUGCAUGGGGCAUGCCUUUGGAAAAUUUUGAAAUCAAUAGUCCCUGAAAAGCCAUUUCUUGUGUUUUGAGAGGAUUCUGAUGAAGUAUUUAGAUCAGUAAACUGCAAAUGCAUUGAAGAGUAAAGGUAUUGGAUAUUUGGAUAAUACCAAAUGGGAAGUUGGUGAACGACUAAAUUACGAGACAGUGUGUGCGAGAGAUAUUAUUGAUCAAAUUAUGUUUACAUAGUUUUCUAGUUUUAUGAAUAAGGACUAAGUUUGAUUUGUAAAAAAUGUUAAUUUACAAAUUAAAGUGCUUUUAAUAGUUCCAUUGACAUCUUUGCAAACAUGUCAAUAAUGCGCUCUUUGUCCAGAGACUAUUAUAUAGAAUUCCCCGCUCAACAGCCAUCAAAAGUAACGCCUUCCAAUUGUCCUUGCAACAUAGUUGACCAAAUUCGAGUUUUCACUCUCUUAAGUUCUGAAAAUGAGCGCUCAGCAGUGGCAGAACUGAUGGGGAUUGCAACCGCAAUCGCGUACACUUUACAAAGUGUGGGAUAUGUGUCGACCAGGUGGAUCAGGAUGCGACAGGACUCUCAGGGCCUCAAGAAAAGAUUGUACAUCUUUGCUCCAUUCUGCAUCAUAGGAGGUUUCUUCGUCUGAUUCUUCAUCAUGAUCUGAAUCAUCAUGAUCUGAAUCAUCAUAAUAUUCUUCUUCAGAAUCGGAGCCAUCGAUAUCCGGUGAAAACCUUGAACCUUUCUUUCUUUGGGAAAAACGAAAAGAAGCGGUUGAACUUUGAGAAUGAAGGUGGACAGCUCUAUGGCGCAGCGGGAUGAGUCGAUGCAUAUGUCGUGCAGAAACUGGUUAUGCUGGCUUCCAAGUCGCGGGCAUUUUAGAAGUUCUCUGCAAAUGGCAGUAAAGUAUAAACGACGAGUCGACAACAAUGUAUCAAACAAUCUGAAUAUUCAAACUCUUUUUCUCUCAUUGGCCAAUCGGAUCUGAAAAAUUCCGAUUUGGACUGGCGCUUUUGUGUGUGCUUUCAGUGAUUUUGUGUAAUUUGGGGGGGGGGGCAUGCCCCCCCGGUCUCCCUGCCUGCUAGCACGCCACUGGACCAAAGUAUCGAACUUUGAAAUUUCAAUUUACAUUUUUCCUAAUAAAUAUAAACGCUGUGAUUAAAAUUAUGCUUGUGGAAUGUGGAUAGACAAAUGCUAUAGACAUCAAUGCUGUAACAUUGUCAACAAAUACUUUAAUAUUCAGUUUCCCAAAAGUGUUGAAAUUUAUCGCAAAGAACUGAAAGAAGAAUGGUAUUAAAGAUAGUACAUCUUCCUCCUAUUUAGUUACAAUAUCUGAAAAUCUUUCAAAGCCUCAGAAAUCUUGUGCGCGCACACACUCCUUGAAAGAAAGGUGCGCCCUUUUUCAUUUUUGGAGCUAAAAUACGCACAUUAUUUGGUCUAAAAGCGCGAAAUAUGAAAAAAUAUGCGCGGAAUAUGUUCCGUGCGCAUGACCAAGAAUGCAGCAGUCUGGUGACAGCUAGGGUUAAUUCUGUCAGGCAACAUUGUUUGGACAUAUAGAAAAUGGAAAAAGCAACAUUGGUCACAAACUCUGUCUAAAUUGUGACAGCGACAUGGAUAAGGAGGAAAACUUCCGAAAAUGGCAUAGCAAUGUUUUCAAGCAGCAACAUCACUUUUUUGAAAAGCAGAUGUGCGACAUGGACAUGUAUCAUGCCUUUCAUUUGGUAUUAUUAUAUACCAAUAGUCAAAUUUUUCUAGUGUUUUAUUGGUCGAGAGCAUAUCGCGUGAGAGUGACGAAAUUAGGCUGUCUCCCUCGCAACAGCGCGAGAGGGAAAUAAUACGUUAUCGACCGGGGAAUAACGAAAAAAAAUCACGUGUGCCAUCACGUGAAGAUGCGCCCUUUGGACAUGCCAAAAAAGCGUAAAUGCCUAAAACAAUUUAAACUUUCGCUUUAAGUAACUGAGUGUUUAAUUUAAUGUUUUAACAAUAACAUAUUUCAUGUAUUUCCGUCAUUUGUUCUUUAAUUUGUUGUUUCUUUGACUAUUGGUAUAUAAUAAAAUACUUAAUAUUUGCUGGGACCUCGGGAAAGCAGUAUGUUUUGCGGACCCGAGACCGUCCAUGACUUACAGCUCUUUUGACCAAUCAAAAUCAAAGCAUAUCAUUUUUAAAACAUAAUAAAUUACUUUUAGUCCUAGUAAGAUCAAACGUUACGUUUUCCAAAAUGAUAUUGUAAUUCAUUAGACAAUUGUAGUCAAUGAAGUUUAUAACACUAUACUAAAUUGACAUGUACACUGUAAGUACCUAUUUUUAAACAUUUGAAAACAACUAAAUGUACAUUAACAAAGUCCAGACUCCUUGGAUAUAUCCCAGGUUUUGAAGUUAGUCAUGGUAAACUUGGAUUCAUGUUUCUGCAUAUAGACCAGGGUGCAUUCCAUGUAAAUUACUCUACGCCGAAGAUACGCCAAUAUUAACUAUCAUAUAUAAUAGAGUCACAAAACUUGACAUGUAGCACCUUGAAUAUUUCAUCAUACUUCUCCAUACUUACAUGGGCCAAUAUCCACCAUUUUGGGGGUACUGUCUUCCCAUGUCACACUGUCAAAGAAUCUAGACAGUCUAAAACAAUGUAAAAAGCAACUUUCCAAAGUUGUAACAGACUGUAAAAUACAGUAUAUAAACUGUAUAUAUACACCUACAUACAGUGAUACAGGUCAUGGUGCUUACACUGUCAGACUUGGGAGAGGCACUAGCUACCCCAAAAAUGGUGGAUAAACUACAGUGAGUGUGAGAAAAGCUAAUUACAGUCUUUGUUCAGUCCUUGGACUGCGGAUGUUUUUAUAUGUAUUUACCCAUUAGGCCCAUUAUAAGGCUAUACAGUGUAAUUAUAUGUAUGUACAGUAGGCACACAUUAAUACAUGUGUUAAUGGAACCAAAACAUGGUAUUGUAAUUAGCAAUAUAUUGGAUCCAAUGUGGAAAUGAAAUCAUAUGAGGACAAAACUGUUUGAAAUACUGGCAAACAAUGUGACAGUAUUGUUUUCUUUUUCUUGCAGGAUGGUCGAGGAGAGAAACGAGAUGGUGACAAUAGUGCUGACAGUGGGUAAUGCUUCAUGAUUAAUAUAGUUUACUUUCAUGCAAAUAUAUAUUAGUACACAAGAUAGUUAGUCUGUAGUUGAGAUUGUGUCAGCAAACUCUGGAAGAUAGUUGUACUAAUGUGUUGUGUUGUUUUUCAGACCGGCUACGAAAAUUAUAAAAUUUAGGAACUAUCAACCAAAAGAUGAAGCAUUGAAAGAGCAGAAACUUCCCUCCACUAAACCUCUCUCAGGUAUAAAAUUAAUAAUCUGUUAUGAUUCGUUCACUUUUGUAUUGUAGUAUUGUACAGUAUACAAAUACCACCCACCUCUUUUAAUUAUUGCCUGUCCAUCAUUGUACAUAUUUUGGGUACCAAUUUAAAAACCCACCCCUUACUGUUCAGGAUGGAAAUUGUUUACGGGAAAAGAUAUUUAAAAGCACGCAUGAAAAUUAAAGUUACUGUUAGCAAAAAUUUAAUAGAUUUUUAUAUUUACUUAAUUUGCUAAAUGGUUUUGGUAAUAGUAAGACUCAUUAUGUCUUGCAUAAAACCUUCAGGUGCAUAUGAAAGGUCAUUACUGACAAAGUUAUCUUGCUUUUAGUUGAAGAAGAAGUAAAAGAUCAUGUGGAAAAAGCAAAGUCUGAUAGUGUUGUCAAUGAAGUGGUAAGAGAUCAUUUGAAGAGGGUUUUGUAACAUAUAUAACAAAAAAGACAGUUGCUUGUGUUGCAAUAUUAGAUAAAUCUAUUGGAGAAUAUAAUGCCUAUUUUCAAUUACUCAUGCAAGUGAUAUUCUCAGAAUUGUCUUUUCGUCAUACAGUAUAUUAAUUUUGAUCCUCAUUUUCAGGAUUUAACCAACCUUGCCCCCAGAAAACCUGACUGGUAA